AGGCAUCUGAAAUAACGAGGUGUGAAUUCUGGGCGGGGCUCGAGCUUUAAACAGCUUAAUCGUAUAGGGGAAUUUGUAUUCUUACAGUCAACGUUUCAAACUCCAGUUGUAGUCAUACUGAAGACAAGAUGAAUCCGCAACUCGAACAAGACAAAUCGAGAUUAUGUUCUUGGAUUAACGAAAGUAUAACAUUAAAAAAAAAGGAAAAAUUCGGAGCAUUUAGUAUUGACAACAUUUUGAGCACUUCAGAGGCUCAUCCAAAGUUAAAUGUUCAAUGUACCAAAGAUAAUACAAAUGCUACAUCAAGUGAUGUACCAAAUCUGUAUGAAUUUAGCAUUCCUCAGGUAGUUCAAAAUAAAACUCAAUUUACAAAUUUUGAUUUAUGUCAAGGACACCCCCUCCGGUUUCCCUUCACAUUUGAAGACAGCACUGUCUCGCGGUUUAUAUGGCCAACAGAAAGCGUUUUUUCCUCUUACAUGACCAACUCCUCAAACUUUCAAGAAAAACAAUUGAGAAAGAAAUUUACUGACAGAAAACCCCGUCAGGCCUAUAGUGCCUCACAACUGGACCGUCUUGAAAAUGAGUUUAAUUUAGACAAAUAUCUUAGCGUUAGCAAGCGCGUUGAACUGUCAAAAUCAUUAUCCUUAACUGAAGUUCAAGUAAAAACAUGGUUUCAAAAUCGUCGGACGAAAUGGAAGAAACAGUUGACUUCACGGUUGAAAAUAGCGCACAGACAUGGACUAUGGAUACCUACCCUUCCCAUAACAACUAUUAUUCCAAAUACAAAAUAUGAUAAUAUUGAAACCCAUUUAAAAAUGAUUAAAUCUGAAAUAAAAUAAUAAUAGCAAA